GCCUUCCUCCUCCGUCCAUCCCCACUUCCACUUUCCUCCUCCUCUGCCCCCUUUUAAACCCUCCCCAAAACUCGAAAAAUUUGAAGCGGAUCCCAUAGCGGCAGGUAAACCCCGUGGCACAACUUCAGCAAAGUACGCGCAUGGCAGGCGGCGGCGGCGAGGGCUCGGUCGCGGCGGCGGGGGGCGGGAAGGUGGCGUGCGCGGCGUGGAUCCGGCGCCGGGAGGACAGGGCCACCCGCGUCUUCGCGGCGUACGGCCGGGCAUCGUCCCCUCCCGCCCUGGAGGUCCUCGGCUUCGACUCCGAGCGCUGCUCCCUCUCCGAGGAACCCCUGGCGAGGGCUGUGCUCGGGGAGAAUCCAGACGACGCGCCGCGCAGCAUAGCGGUGCACCCGACCGGGGACGAGCUCGUCUGCGCCACGGCCAAGGGGUGCAGGCUAUUUAAAAUGAUUUUUGAAGAGUUCACGGUUCGCCUUAUUCCAAGAGAGGCUCCCCCGCUUGCAUCCAUUGGACCACAGAAAUGUCUUGUUUUCAGCACAGAUGGAGCUAAAAUUGCCCUUGGUGGUGAGGAUGGGCAUCUCAGAAUAUUUCACUGGCCAAGCAUGAACAUGCUCUUAGAUGAACCCAAAGCUCAUAAGUCGUUCCGAGAUAUGGAUAUCAGCUUAGACUCAGAGUUUUUAGUUUCGACAUCCACUGAUGGCACUGCAAGAAUAUGGAAGAUAGAUGAGGGGGUACCGUUGGUCAAUUUGACUCGAUCUUCGGACGAGAAAAUCGAGUGUUGCCGCUUUUCUAGGGAUGGCAUGAAACCAUUUUUGUUCUGCACAGUUGCAAAAGGUACCAAAGUUGUGACUGUUGUUUGGAACAUAAGUGACUGGGCUCGAAUUGGCUACAAAAGACUUCUCGGGAAGUCUAUCUCUACACUUUCAGUUAGCAUGGAUGGGAAGUUUCUGGCUUUAGGAAGCCAUGAUGGCGACUUUUGUGCUGUGGAUGUAAAGAAGAUGGAGGUUUCUCACUGGAGCAAGAAGGUUCAUCUUGGUUCUCCCAUUUCCUCCAUUGAAUUUUGUCCUACAGAAAGGAUUGUAAUCUCCACAUCACCUCAAUGGGGAUCAGAGUUGACAAAACUGAAUGUGCCUGCUGACUGGAAAGAAUGGCAAGUCUGGCUUAUACUCUUAGCCCUCUUCCUAGGGUCAGCCGUCCUGUUCUAUGUGUUCUACCAGCACUCUGGUUCCUUCUGGAACUCCCCAGUGGGGCGGCAUCAGCCUGCCAAGCCAUGGAGUGUCCUGAAGGAGGCUCCUCCAUCUCCUGAAAACCAGAACCUCUGGUGAACUUAACUGUCACCAGUGUGAUUUUCAAGCUAUCAGGCGUAUCAGUGUUGCGGAAAUGCUGUAUUGUUCAUCGUUUUUUGCCCCAAAUUUGAGCGAUGUUGUAUCAUUCCAGCUGGGCACUUAUCCGACCACGUCAGUAUUUAUCUAGGGGAAAGAGUGAAAUGCCACUAGUGGUCUCAGAAAGUUCACCGACCAUGUCAGUGUGAUACGGUGGCAUUUUCAAUCUGUAGAACCUUGCAGUGGCAUAUAUUUGUCAAAAUGCCAUUUGUGUCGUCUUAUAAUCAAGUGAUCAGUCAAGCAACCUGCCACAAUAAUGGAUAGAAUACUCUGAUAGGAAAUAUUUCUAACUAGCCAGGCUCGCACACGCCAUGCGUCUAAGGAAGUUUAGUACUCCUUACUUUGUUGUUUUGAGACUUGAGAGAGGGCUUGACCGACGGUAGUUUUGCAUUUGGAAGUUGUGUUAUUAGAGUUUGUUUGGCUUAAGCUGUGUUUGUUGGGAGUUUGUACAUUAUUGCACGGAUAGUAUUUUCUCCCUUCAUA